GUUGAUGUCGGCGGGCGGCGACCGCGGGCCCGCGCCGCGCGCCUCGGCCGCCAGCCGCCAGUCGCCAGCCCGAAGCCCGAGCGCGACGGACGGAGCUCGCAGCGAGCACACGCGAGGCCGAUUCAUACGCGAUUGUUUGCAACAUAUUUAACGAGUACGCGACUAAUGCAACUUAUCUAGUCGGAUAACAGGGAAUUAGUCUGCUCGCGUCGUAUUUCAAAACUGUGAUGUUUGUGCAAAUGUGGCGCUUUCGAGCGUAGUUAGUACGUGGCCAUGGGCUCUAGUUCCUACUCGAAGGGCCCUCUGCGAUCCUGACAUAGCAAGAACGACAGCACGUUGGCAAGGAAAGCCACUUACCACGGCUACAUCAGCCCAGAAAUUACCUCCCGUCUAAAUUGAAACGUUCUAUCACAUCGUUAACUGAUCUGUGACUUUACCAAGUGCAAUAAUAUACUUUAGUGCAAUCGUUUGUACUGUCGACUGUCAGUGAAGUGAUUUGUUGUUCUAAUUGUGGUGAAAUUAAUUGUGGACAAUGGAGCGUGAAUCAAAUCCCAUGGAGGCGUUAUGCCGGUCCGGGUGUGGCUUCUAUGGAAACCCUUCCACAGAUGGACUCUGCUCAGUAUGUUUUAAGGAGGCUCUGAAGAAGAAGCAGCAGCCGCCCGCGACGACGCCAUCCCCGGUGGCGGCGCCGUUCGUGCCGGCCGCGCCCGCGCUGGCGCCCGCUCCCGCGCCCGCGCCCGCUCCUACGCCGCUGGCCGCCGCCGCGCCCACCGUGCCCAGCCUCGCCGCCCAGCCGCAGCAGCACACAGACAAAUUGGAAGAAGAGAGCGGAGCGGGCACGAGCGGCGCCAGCACGACGUCCGACACGGACGCGGACGACAAGGACCCCAGCAAGGACAAGAAAAAGAAGAACAGAUGCGCCGUCUGCCGCAAGAAGGUUGGACUUACAGGGUUCGAGUGCCGCUGCGGCGGGCUGUUCUGCGCCGUGCACCGGUACAGCGACAAGCACGACUGCUCGUUCGACUACCGGGAGCUGGGCGCGCAGGAGAUCCGGCGCAACAACCCCGUCGUGGUGUCGCAGAAGAUACACAAGAUAUGAGCCCCGCCGAGCCCUACCAUCCCAUCUAUCGUUUACUCUAAAUAAACUGUCGAUCGAGUUUGUGUCUCUCAUUUACGUAUGUAGAUUGACUCGGUGCGCGCCCGCGCCGCCUAGUGUGUAGUUUACCGGAUUCUUCGACGUAAACUCCGUUUUAACUUUUGACGGUUUUCGGACAGAAUUUAACGUAAAUGGCAAUUUUUAACGGUAAAUCGGAAGCGCAGACUCGAUUCGUCUAAAUUUAGAUUUAUUUGUGGCGAGAGUUUUACUUUUAAAUUUUUAUUAAAAGUUGUAGAUAGAGUUCAUUUGGGUAGGAAUUCAGGAUUAAUUUCGAGAUACGAGUAGCGUUUUGAAUAUUGUCCAUUCACCUCCAUUGUAAAUAUUAGAUAUAAUUAAUUAUAGAAACAAAUCCUAUAUAUUGUAAAAAAAUUAAAACUCCAAAAAAAGCUACAUUGUUAUGAUUCCGACGGAGAGCAUAACUUGCUUAACAUUUACGAAGUAACAAUUGUUAGCUGCUCAGCGAGCGGCGGGAGUCGCUCUCGUGUAUAUUGUACAGAAGUUAGCGAUACUACACAACGACCGGCGGCGUCGCCGCUGCGCGCGACGACACUGCACGCGAUGCCGGCACGUUUGAGGAGCGUUAGUACUGGCAUUUCGGUUUGACAAGUCGUCGCUUUCUUAUUUGUGCGUAAGUGACUAGUGUUUAGCGAGAUUGUGGUGUGUAUCGGAUAAGGCGAGCGUGCUUGCGGCCGGCGCACGUCGGUCGUGCGACUGGUCGGCCGCCGCAGUCGUGCGAUUUGUAGGCCUACCGGCGCAGUCGUGCGACUGGUCGGCCUACCGGCGCAGUCGUGCGACUGGUCGGCCUACCGGCGCAGUCGUGCGACUGGUCGGCCUACCGGCGCAGUCGUGCGACUGGUCGGCCUACCGGCGCAGUCGUGCGACUGGUCGGCCUACCGGCGCAGUCGUGCGACUGGUCGGCCGCCGCAGCCGAGCGACCGGUCGCGCGGCAGUCGGGGCGAUGCCGGCCCUCCCCCGCACUGCUCUUUGUGUGAAAAUUUGAAGUAAGCAUAUGGAUAGUUAUACAUAUUAUAAGUAGUCGACACUUUAUAUUAUUACAUUAUAUAAGUAGGAAAGAAUUAUUUAGCUUUUUUUCUUUUUAAUCACAAUAUUAUUCAAAAUUGUAUGUUUUAUUAUGUAACUCGUUCAUUUAGUGGUGAUGUUGGAUCAAUAAUACUUACGUAUCUAUUGUUUCUGUCGUUUGUCCACGGUAGACUUACUAAUUGGUUGGACUUAAUUAUUUAAUGACUUUUGUUGUAUAUUUUGUUAGGUCAUUGAUUAAUUUGGUCUUUUUGCUUGAACAUAAUCAGAUAAAAAGAUGAUGUUAAUAAUGAAUGAUUUUUCUUCUAACUUGCUGUUUUAAUUUAGUUAUUCUUCUAUUAAAGUCAUUAAAUUUUCAGGAACAUGAUAA